GGGGCGCCCGGACCCGCGAGGAGGUUCGACACCGCCGCCGCCUAGCAACAGGUCCGCCGCCGGCCGGGCGGCCUUGCGCCCCGCUCUCGUGCCCUCGGUUCGCGACCCUCUGGGCGCCUCCACUCGGCCCGGGCCGCGGUCUGGCCACCCGCUUCGAUGCGGUUCGGGUCCACCAUGAUGCCGAUGUUUCUUACAGUGUACCUGAGUAACAAUGAGCAGCACUUCACAGAAGUUCCAGUCACUACAGAAACAAUAUGCAGAGAUGUGGUGGAUCUGUGCAAAGAACCCGGAGAGAGUGAUUGCCAUUUGGCUGAAGUGUGGUGCGGCUCUGAACGUCCAGUUGCCGAUAAUGAGCGAAUGUUUGAUAUUCUUCAAAGAUUUGGAAGUCAGAGGAAUGAAGUCCGUUUCUUUCUUCGUCAUGAACGCCCCCCUAACAGGGACAUUGUGAGUGGACCAAGGUCUCAGGAUCCAAGUUUAAAAAGAAACGGUGUAAAAGUUUCUGGUGAACAUCGAAGAAAGGAGAAUGGCGUUAAUAGUCCUAGGAUGGAUCUGACUCUUGCUGAACUUCAGGAAAUGGCAUCUCGCCAGCAGCAGCAGAUUGAGGCCCAGCAACAAAUGCUGUCUAAUAAGGAACAACGCUUAAAGUUUUUAAAGCAACAAGAUCAGCGUCAACAACAACAAGCUGCUGAGCAGGAGAAGCUUAAGAGGCUGAAAGAAAUAGCUGAGAGUCAGGAAGCUAAGCUAAGAAAAGUGAGAGCACUUAAAGGCCACGUGGAACAGAAGAGGCUCAGCAAUGGGAAACUUGUGGAGGAGAUUGAGCAGAUGAAUAGUUUGUUCCAGCAAAAACAGAGGGAGCUCGUUCUGGCUGUCUCAAAAGUUGAGGAACUUACGAGACAACUAGAGAUGCUCAAGAACGGCAGGAUAGAUGGCCACCAUGACAACCAGUCUGCAGUGGCUGAGCUUGAUCGCCUCUACAAGGAGCUGCAGUUAAGAAACAAAUUUAAUCAAGAGCAAAAUGCCAAGCUACAACAACAGAGGGAGUGUUUGAAUAAGCGGAAUUCAGAAGUGGCAGUCAUGGAUAAGCGUGUUAAUGAGCUGAGGGACCGGCUGUGGAAGAAGAAGGCGGCGCUGCAGCAGAAAGAGAACCUACCAGUUUCAUCUGACGGAAAUUUACCCCAGCAAGCGGGAUCUGCCCCGAGCCGCGUGGCUGCAGUAGGUCCCUACAUCCAGUCGUCUACUAUGCCACGGAUGCCCUCAAGGCCCGAACUUUUGGUGAAGCCGGCCCUGCCUGAUGGUUCUGUGGGCAUGCAGGCUUCAGAGGGGCCGAUGAAGAUACAGACACUGCCAAAUAUGCGAUCUGGGGCCGCUUCACAAGUGAAAGGCUCUAAAAUUCACCUGGUGGGCCCUGACUGGAGUCCUUCAAAUGCAGAUCUUUUCCCAAGCCAGGGCUCUCCUUCUGUACCUCAAAGUGCUGGGACUGCUCUGGACCAAGUUGACGAUGGGGAGGUUCCACUGAGGGAGAAAGAGAAGAAAGUCCGUCCCUUUUCAAUGUUUGACACAGUAGACCAGUCUGCUGCUCCGCCUGCCUUUGGUGCUCUGAGGAAAAACCAGAGCAGUGAAGAUAUCUUGAGGGAUGCUCAGGCCACAAAUAAAAACGUGACUAAAGUACCACCUCCUGUUCCUACAAAACCCAAACAGAUUAAUCUGCCUUAUUUUGGACAAACUAAUCAGUCACCUUCAGACAUGAAGCCAGAUGGAAAUCCGCAGCAAUUGUCAGCAGCUGCUCCGUCCACAGGAAAUAUACCCAAAGCAACAGGGCAGCCGCCGAGGGUGCUGCUGUCUCCCAGCGUACCUUUAGCUGGCCAAGACCAAACCCUUUCUCCAGGCUCUAAGCAAGAGAGUCCACCUGCCGUCGCCGUCCGGCCCUUUACUCCUCAGCCUUCCAAAGACACCCUCCUUCCACCGUUCAGGAAACCCCAGACUGUGGCAGCAAGCUCCAUAUAUUCCAUGUACACACAGCAUCAGGCUCCAGGAAAAAACUUCCAGCAGGCUGUACAGAGUGCACUGACCAAGACACAUACCAGAGGCCCGCAUUUUUCAAGUGUGUAUGGCAAGCCUGUGAUUGCUACUGCACAAAAUCAACAGCACCCUGAAAAUGUUUAUUCUAAUAGCCCAGGCAAGCCUGGUAGUCCAGAACCUGAAACAGAACCUGUAUCUUCAGCUCAGGAGAACCAUGAAAAUGAAAGAAUUCCUCGACCACUGAGCCCAACCAAAUUACUGCCUUUCUUAUCUAACCCUUACCGAAAUCAGAGUGAUGCUGACUUAGAAGCCCUGCGAAAGAAACUGUCUAAUGCACCAAGACCACUAAAGAAACGCAGCUCUAUUACAGAGCCAGAGGGGCCUAAUGGGCCAAAUAUUCAGAAACUUCUGUAUCAGAGGACCACCCUAGCCGCCAUGGAGACCAUCUCUGUCCCAUCAUAUCCAUCUAAGUCAACUACAGUGACUGCCAGCUCAGACAGCCCAACAGAAAUCCAGAAUCCAUAUUUACAUGUGGAACCAGAGAAGGAGGUGAUCUCCAUGGCUCCUGAGCCAUCGUCCCCAGAGGAUGUGGGGGGUGCCCAUACAGAGAACAGUGACAUGCCAGCUCAUUCUCCUAGCCUUGAUUUUGUACCUGAAGGAGUCCCAGACAAUAGCCCAAAUCUCCAGAAUAACGCAGAAGAACCAAAUCCAGAGGCACCCCACCUGCUGGAAGUGUAUCUGGAGGAGUAUCCCCCGUACCCACCCCCGCCAUACCCUUCCGGGGAGCCUGAGGGGCCUGGAGAAGACGCCGUGAGCAUGCGCCCACCGGAAGUCACCGGGCAGGUCUCUCUGCCUCCUGGCAAAAGGACAAACUUGCGUAAAACUGGGUCAGAAAGGAUUGCUCAUGGAAUGAGGGUGAAAUUCAACCCACUGGCUUUACUUCUAGAUUCAUCUUUGGAGGGAGAGUUCGACCUUGUCCAGAGGAUUAUCUAUGAGGUUGAUGACCCCAGCCUGCCCAAUGACGAAGGCAUCACAGCUCUGCACAACGCCGUGUGUGCAGGCCACACAGAGAUCGUCAAGUUCCUCGUACAGUUCGGUGUGAACGUAAAUGCUGCUGAUAGUGAUGGAUGGACUCCGUUACAUUGCGCUGCCUCGUGUAACAACGUCCAGGUGUGUAAGUUUUUGGUGGAGUCGGGAGCUGCUGUGUUCGCCAUGACCUACAGCGACAUGCAGACUGCCGCGGACAAGUGCGAGGAGAUGGAAGAAGGCUACACUCAGUGCUCCCAGUUUCUCUAUGGCGUUCAGGAGAAAAUGGGCAUAAUGAAUAAAGGAGUCAUUUAUGCACUUUGGGAUUAUGAACCUCAGAAUGAUGAUGAGCUGCCCAUGAAAGAAGGAGACUGCAUGACGGUCGUCCGCAGGGAGGACGAGGAUGAGAUCGAGUGGUGGUGGGCACGCCUUCAUGACAAGGAGGGAUAUGUUCCACGCAACCUGCUGGGACUAUACCCAAGAAUUAAACCAAGACAAAGGAGCUUGGCUUGAAACUUUAUAGAAUUUCAGCUAAUGAAGAAUUAAUCUGUGCUGUCACUAAGAAGUAAUGUGAUCAUUCAUGGCAAAACUUUCGUAAGACUUAUUUUAAUGACAAUGUAGUUGGAAAGUGUUGAAUGUGCUCUGGAAGAAAAUGAAGGACAGAAGAAGUCGCUCUUAGAGGAGGGCAUUCAGCAUGAUGCAGUGGACCUUACAAGUAAGCAGGACACGCCGCGUGGGCAGGUGAGCCAUGGAGCACCCGGAAAGGCAAACAGCGACAAUCCUGUGUUCUGCGAGAUAGAGGACCAUUUCUGGGACUGUUGGGAAACCAGCUUCCACACUGCCUGGGGGCUGUUGCAGCACCUGUGGGGUAGCAGCCCCCUUGCCUGAGGGGACCAGCGCCAUCAAGGAUAAUCACAUCUGAUGGUCUCUCAGCAGCUCAGGGGAAGGCUCAGAGGUGUGUCAUGCACUUGUCUUUUCAGUGAAGAACUGUUCGUCGGCUCUCAGUAAGCAGUAACUAUGAAUUCUUCUAGCAUCUUAAUUACAUUGACACUAAGCAACACUACAGGUAAUUUGAUUUAGAAUCUUGUUUUUAGGCUAAAUUUGAAUUUAUAUUUAUUGUCUUUUUGUAUUUUGGGAAUUAGAUACUUGUUAUAGACUUACCCAUGUUUGUCAAGAUCAUAGCUGACUUUACAACAAUUGUAAUAAAUUUAAACUUUUUGACUUUGA